AUGGCCCAUUCUUCCCCGCCCGUCAUCCAGGGGGUGCCCCGCCCGCAUGCAUCGCAUCCCUCGCUGCCGCAUCUCGCCCUGCUCGUCUUCGAGGCUGUGUUGGAGGUCGUCUUCGUCAGCCUGCCCGGCUACAUCGUCGCCCGCAUGGGCAUGUUCGACGCCGACGCCCAGAAGUUCGUGGCCAAUCUCAACGUCAUGCUGUUCACGCCAUGCCUUAUCUUCACCAAGCUAGCUUCCCAGUUGACCGCCGCAAAGCUGGCCGAACUGGCCGUGAUCCCCGUUAUUUUUGUCGUCCAGACGAUUGUCUCGUGGCUGACUUCCCAAUUGGCUUCACGCGUCUUCCGUCUGCGGAAACGCCAGACCAACUUUGUAACCGCAAUGGGCGUCUUCGGUAACUCAAAUUCGCUCCCCAUCUCCCUCGUGUUAUCGCUCUCCCAGACCAUCCAAGGCCUUCACUGGGACAGGGUCCCUGGUGACACAGAUGACGAGGUUGCAGCCCGUGGCAUUCUCUACCUGCUGAUCUUCCAACAGCUGGGACAGCUGGUUCGCUGGACCUGGGGAUACCGUGUGCUUCUGGCUCCCAAGGAGCAGUAUUAUCGGGACGAGGAGGAACGCGCCAAUGCCCGCAUUGAAGACGGCCAGGCAAGAUACUAUGAUCAUCCUGAAGACGACUCCGAUCCCACCGUCGUGGGCGAUGAGUCGUCGCCGUCUGAGGGUUCUCGGUUCGAAUCCGGCGAUCAGACGCCGAUCACGGAAAGAAGUCGCUCCUAUGUCAAGCUGGCGAACGGCAGUGAGAGGCAAACCAUGCCGCUCCGGCUGCCGCAGCCCGCGCCUGGUGAUAUUGCGUCCUUCCCUCCCGUCACGCCACAGGAGGAAGCGGUCAGUCCCGCUGCCGCCGAAUCCCGUCUUGGUAAGUGCCGGCUGGCCAUCUCGUCGGCGGCUAGCCACGUCAACGACGCCGUGCGAGACAGGGCAAACCGUGUGUUUACCUCCCUGCCGCUGUGGAUGCAGAAAUCAUACACCUGGGCCUGGCAUAAAGUCUCCCGCUUCCUGUAUGGUCUUUGGGACUUCAUGAGCCCGCCACUGUGGGCCAUGCUUGCUGCCAUCUUCGUCGCCUCCAUUCCUUCUUUGCAGCGCCUUCUCUUCACAAAGGGAACGUUCAUCCAUAAUUCUUUUACCAGCGCUGUCACCCAGAGUGGAGGCGUCGCUGUCCCCCUGAUCCUCGUUGUCCUUGGUGCCAAUUUGGCACGUAACACCCUCCCAGAGGACGCUCAUGAUCCCGAAGAUGAUCCUCGCGACGAGCGUAAUCUCAUCAUUGCCUCUCUGCUGGCCAGAAUGCUCCUACCUCUGCUGAUCAUGGGUCCUCUUCUCGCGCUGGCCGCCAAGUAUAUUCCUGUUAGCAUCCUGGACGACCCGAUCUUCGUCAUCGUGUGCUUCCUGCUCACCGGCGCCCCGUCGGCGCUGCAGCUGGCUCAGAUCUGUCAGAUCAACAACGUCUAUAUGGGUGCCAUGUCAAAGCUAUUGUUCCAGAGCUACGUUGUCUGGUAA